AUGGGAUGCUUUGAUUCUUCAGCUACCGCAGUCAAAUAUCAGCCAGGCCGCCUGCCUCAUGGCUGGCUGGCAUCCGCAUUCCUGUCAACUGCUGGGAUCUACUAUGGCCUGGAGCUGACUACAGGCGAAAUCGUGGCCAUUGUGGUUGCCUCUGCGGUUUUCUUGCCUCUGGUGCUGCUGAUCGUGUACCUGACUUUCAUCCGCGUGAAGGAGCAGAGGGAGAAGAAGAUGUCAGGAUUGGAGAGCAAGGAAGAUGGAGAGGCGGAGAGGAUGGAAGGCGGAGGCAGUGAGGGGGAGAAGGGGGGAGAGGUGAAGGAUGCUGCUUUGGAGAGUGGCAGUGGCUGGUGGUUCUUCCGGAAGAGCAGUGGUGGAGUAGAAGAAGCAGCCACAGGGGAUGCCGCACUGCCAGCAGCAGGAGAAAAGGCAGCAGGGGAAGUGGCUUCAGCACCAUUGGCAGACAGUCCAGCAGCAGCACCAAUGGCAGUGGAUACGAGUGGAGCAGGUAAAGCAGAACGGGCAGGAGGGGGGUGGAGGUGGCCGUGGCAGGCAGCUGCUGCUUCUUCCGCCGCAGAGGUUGCAGCAGCACACGCAGCAGCCGUCGCAGCAUCAGGAAGAGGAGCAGAAGGCGUGGGUGCAACGGGGGGGUAUAUCGUGGGAGCAGAGGCGCGGCCUAUGGUGUGCCGGCAGUACUCGCUGGCGGAGGUGGCGGCAGCGACGGGCGAGUGGGCGGAGGCGAACCGCAUUGGCAGCGGCAGCUUCGGGGAUGUGUACAAGGGCGCCAACCCCACUGCUCCCCAGGAGAUCUGGGCUGUCAAACGCGCCAAGGUCCUCACCAACGACUUCAAGCGCGAGGUGCGCUCUAGACUAUCUGUGCAGGUUGUAACAAAAGUCUGGAUUCUAUGUUCGCUCCCUCCCUCCUCUGGCCCCUCACCCUCCCCUCUAACCUACCCGCCUUCAACUCUCUCUCCCCUCUAUCCCCCCUCCCCUUUUGGAACACAGGUGAACGAGAUGGCAACGAAGAGCCAUCCGAAUCUGGUGAGGCUGCUGAGGUACUGCAUGGACUACGACCCGGUGGCGGAGCGCAUGGAGCAGAUCGUCAUCUACGAGUUCGUUGAUAACGGCGACCUCGACUGUUGGAUCGGACCACGUAUGGGUGAUGUGCACAGCUUUGGAGUGGUGAUGCUGACGCUCAUCACAGCGCGUAAGGCCAUCUACAAUGCGGAUGCAGAUCAGGUCAACCUCAAGCAGUGGGUGGCUCCGCUGCUGGCAGCGGGCGACGCAGGCACGAUGAGGGACCCGCAGCUGGAGGCGCCGGACGACUUGGUGCUGCGCAUGGCCCGCCUCGCCCUGCGCUGCACCGCCAUGCCCACUGCCUCGCGCCCCUCCAUCAGCCGCGUGCUCGGCGAGCUGCUCGUCAUGAAGGAGGAGUUUCUGGGGAAAGACGAGGACAGGAUGGCGGUUCGCAUUGACCGCGACUUAGAGAUCUCCUCCGAUGUCAACCUCAGCAUGGAGAUUGCGCGUGCCCAGGGAGCAAGGAGCAGCGGAGGACUCUCCAGCAACCCAUGA